GCUCCGCCUCACCGGGGGUGGGGCGUCGUCAUGGCGGCGGCGGGCCGGCGGCGGGCGGCGGUGCGGCGGAGCUGAGGAUGAUCUCGCGAUACGCGCGGAAACCGGUGCCUCCCGGCGCUCUGGAGAUACAAGGACUUCCAAGACAUGCCUUGCGGCAUCAUCCACUGCCUGAGGUGUGCCCAGCCACACCCGUGACUGAAAAGGAUGGCCAGAUCUCAAGGGAGUCUGAAAUCUGGAAGGAAUCAGAUCACCCUUCUGUUACUCCAGCUGAUCAUGGGAAUUCAUGGUCUGCUAGUCAGAGUUACGCCGACACCUCCACUGAAGACAGCUCAGUCUUCUCUUGGGGCUAUGAUGAAUUUGAUAAAGCUGCCACACAACAAGUUCAGCAAAUGUUCAGACAAAUUGAUGAGCUUCUCUAUGAGCAGAAGGAAAAUGUGCAUGUUGAGGGACUGCGGGAAGAAUGCCACCAGUGGACAUCCAACUUUCUUCAUCUCAGGGUUGUGGGGAAGCAGAUAGUGAUCCCCACAGAUGAAGGGUAUGGAUGGUAUUCAAGCUCACCUUCUGGCAGUUUAGGUUCCUCAGAUGCAAGUUCACCACAAGAAAAAGAUUCUAAUGAAUUUAGUGUUUUUGGCAAGAAGGUACCUCUUUCUGUUACUCCCGUUCACAAAAAGGCUGACCGUUCCAAGUCUCCGACCUUGUGUUCUCCAGAGAGCGAAGAAGGUGAAGAUGGAGUAAUUGUCUCUGAAGGCGUAAUGGAGGAAUAUUUAGCAUUUGACCGCAGAGAUGUCGAGGAGGAGUUGCAUGAGAGGAAAAUGGGACUGUCCUCUGGUAGACGGAAAUUGGGGUUUCCUCCUAUUUCUCCGUCUUCCUGCAUGAAGGAUUCUGUGCUGACAUUUGUGUUUGAUGACGUGUGGAGUGAAGUCCUAGGCUGCAUGGAAGAAUUAAUCUGCAGACACUGGGACGGGUCAGCCUCUGAUGACGAGAAAAAUAUCAUAACAGUAGAAACAAUCAGAGCAGAUGCUGGAAGCCCUUUGCAGUUUGAUUCUCUGCCAGCAUUGUUACCUCGUAUGCCACAAACUAAAAUGCCCUCAGUGACAUCAAACCUGUGCCCAAAACCCAGAUGUGGCCGCAAAAGCAAAAAGAGGAGAAAAACACCUCAAGUAAAUCUCUCUCAAGGGUCAAGUACUGGCUCUCAACGUAAUCUAAAUAGCUUGAUGGUGAUACAUGGGAUCCAGUUACAGCAAAGGAAUCCGCCUGUAACAGAGAAAAUACUGGAUGUGGAUGACAAACGGCCAGGCUCCAGUUCCAUCCUCUCUAACAGAGUGUGGCCAAAUCGUCCUCUAGAGCUCAGCACAUCAUCCCUAUCGCAUUCCACAAGAAGGCGAAACCCACCACCACGUACCCUGCAUCCCAUCAACACAAGCCACUCUCGUACUGGGACCCCAGGGUCUGUGGACGAUGUCUUCAGGGGAACUCGACUUCUGACUGCACAUGAGCAGCUGACCUCGCCCUCCCCGCUGCCACUAAGCCGAAAUAAUCUCCUACCACCUAUUACUACCACGAGCACGGCAGAGCACACAAGCACUGCAGGAUCCCAAAGGCAAACGAAAUCUCGAGGGAACUCAAGUCGAGCUCACAGUGUAACAACACAUGAAGAUACCCACCAGCAGCUACAGGAGCGGCUUUUCUUACCUGAUCAUUUCUCCAGGCCUAACACAACCAACGCAUUCUUGCCAGAUCCACAGCACCACCGUUCAUGCACUGUUAUUGAUUAUACUAAUCAAUCUUGGACAAGCAGAGGAUCAACAGGUCCAGGUCUUCAGCUGCAUGGUUCUGUGAAACCCCACAGUCGAAGUGGAUCAGUCACAAAAAGCAAACAGGGGUUCUGACAUGCCAUGAAGAAGUAUCCAUCCAUCUCCAGAGAGUCAUGAACCACCUCUCAUUCUCAGCAAUGUCAACAUUGUUUACAGAGAGUUUUCAAACACCCUUCUUUAUGAAUAGUUAUUUUUAUAAGUCUAAGAAGCAGCUGCCAAAGAUUAGAAGGGGUAUUCUUAAACAUUCCAUUUUCUACUAGUAAAAAAAGUUAUACUCUAGUGGGCAGUAAAGCCUAAUGCCUAGAAAAUCUAGCAAACACUCUCAGUCAUUGCUGUUUUCCCAUUACUGGCUUGUGACUGGUUCAUGUUGUUACGGGCAGGUGCUGCAGAACCUGCUGGUUUUUCCAUUAGCUCUACAGAAGAUUAAUCAGGCCUUCCACAGUGGUAGUAAUUUAAUUUUUUAAAACUGUAUUUAUAUGUUUAAAGCAAUAUUAUGCUAUCAGAAGCAAGCACUGCACAUAAUACUGCUUCUACAACUCAACUUAGAGAAGUUAUGAAUCCUGUAGUAAAUGCAGCAGAUAUUAACACAGUUGUGUAAAAAUAAGGUAGCAAACCAGAUGUAUGGAAUUGACCGCUUUAGCAGUAGCACACCACUGACUUGUCCUGUAUUAUGUACUUAUACCUCUUCCUUGGUGGCUGAAGAAGGUUUAAGCAAAAAGGAGUCUCUUCCUGCAAGUCAUUCCGGACAGUAUUCAAAGAAAGUACAUUAUUUUCCUGGUGAGAUAUUUUAUGGUAAUUUCAUGGAAUAGGUCAGUCUCCCUUUCUAACAAUACCUGCAGUUAUAUAAGAUUUCUGUACUCCACCAUGAAGUUCCACAACCCACAGAUGCAACGUAGCUUUUAGUAGAUGUGUUCUGCACUGUGUGACAACAUACCAGAGGUAUUAGCUGUAGUUGUCCUUGUGCCUCCAAAUACUGCAAAAACAUGAAAUACAAGCUUCUCAGAAUAAACUAUUAGUUGAAGGUCUUACUCCCAAACAGAAAGUGCCAGACUGCAAGUAAGUCUAAAGACAAGGUGAGGAUAACCACUUACUGUAUUUUAACACAGUUAGGACACCGCACAAAACCAGUUGUUCCCUUAUAAUCCAAUUAAAGAGCACUUUUUCCUAAAUUUCCUUAUUAAUGUUUUCCAAAUUACAAUUCAUACUGGAAAAGACUUUUCAGUAUUUUUUAUGAAGUGGCUCCCCUAUUUCCCCACUCUAAGUUAUGCAAGCUAGCAAGAGUCCAGUUGAUCCAAGCAUGCUGUAAUCAAGAAGAAGGGAAAAGAAGCCAAAGCAGAAUUGUGCAAACGUAACUGGGUUAACUUUCCUUUGCAUUUCUAGAGGGCAAAAGCAGCUGUGGUCUCAAUCUACUUCUCUUAAGUUUGCAUAGAGAUAAAUUGAUGCUAAAGGGAGGCCUCUAUUCACUAAACCCUUUCAAAAUACAAUUUCUCUUAACAGUUAGAGACUACCGGAACAUUGUACAGCGUGUCAUUUAAUUAUGUCAAGCUACCUGGAGAUAAGCGUCCCGUUUCUAUCAGUGCCAUUCCCUCAGGGACCAAAUUAGUUUUCUGUAGCCCUAGUGCGUAAGAGUUACAAAAAUAUACAAAUAAACUAGAAGAGACUUCUAGAAACAAUGUAUUAUUUUAUAGCCUAAAGUAGUCAGCGUGUUAAAAAAGUGAAAGCAGUCUCAUGAUAAGGUAAUUUUUGGUUUCUGUACAAAUGGUUGACACCAGAACCUUCUCCUUGGCUGUUGGAUAACUAUUUUGUACAGUAAAAGUAAUGUUCAGGCCACAUGUUAUGCAACAUAAGGACAUGCUGUACUCUCUCAGCAUCAGGAUAAUUUUUGAAAGCAGCCAAGUAAAAGGGAACAGAGUUACCAUCUACCUCUAGCUUCCCCCCAGGAAGCUCUAUUAAAUAGUCAGUUCCUAAAUGCUAUCACUGAGGCAAUGAGGACCUUCAACUCAAAAGUAAGUGUUCACCUCUGGGCUCGUAAGCCUUUGAAAAAUGAUCCACAAGAUAAAGCCAGGCUCAUUCCUUUGAGCUAUAGUAAGUUGAAAACUAGUCACCCUUCAAAUUCAUACCUCUGCACACUAUGUCAAAUGGUUUAAAAACAGCUGAAGCAAAAAACUUCAAAGUAUUUGCACAUCUUACAGAAACAAUUUGCUUCUGAAAUAACAGAAGUGUUGACAAAUACAAUGAAGUAGCUAAUCACUACCAUCCUACAGCAGACUUGACUGUGAUGCUAUUGAAAUAACAUGCAAUACAUUUCUAAGCUUUGGAACUCCUUGUCAUGUGACAUCAUAAACCCUAGAAAUACACAGGACCAACUCUGUUCUGUGGAUUUUUUAAGUUUAUUACUUCACCUCAGUGUGUUAGAGAAUUUCUGCAUAGUCAUAUACAUGCUGCAGUCUCAUAUUCUUCCCAAGGCAUCUGCCACAGACAAUCAAAGACUGAACACUAGGUGGCCCUUUCAUCUAAUGUAGCAUUACCAGCACACAUGCCACCGUUAACAAUAUAGCCAUAUUUUCAGCUGCUAUAGAAGUACGUAGUAUUUACUUGACUUGAAUCAGUCAGAAGAGUCAACGUGAUCAGUUUGUUUUGAACAGCUACUUAGAAAAAAUAGAGAGGACUGGGGAAGCAAUAUAGCACAGAAUUCUGCAAGAACUCUUCAUUUAUUAAGUCUGCAAUUUUCCAAAGUAUCUUUAUAAAACUACUGGAAUAUCUGAAAAACACCUGUUGGGCUGAAGUGCAAGACCUUCAAAAACAGCAGGUGUGUUACAAAAGAAGUGUGUGAACAGCAAAAAAUACAAGGUUUCCAACUCAGAAACCACAGGAAUCGGCAUUGAAGACUCUCAAAGGUGUAGGAUUACAUCAUUUUACCAUCAGCUGUACCAAUACCCAUUAGCUGUUUGGAAGGAAGGUGCUUCAACACAAGUUUAAUAAACACACUGCCAUCCCAAACAUCACACUGCUUCCUCACUGUAACAAAACUUUUAGUCAAGAAUCUGUUUGAUCUUAACUGAAGAGCACCCAAAGGAUUUAAAAAAAUAGCACCAGAAUGCUUCGUCUUUCUUGUUGAUGAUGGUUCUGUAUCAUAUCUCCCAGUCACAGCAAGUUGAUGCACACACACUCCAAAACAGUAGCCCAGAAAAACUCUGAAAUUCUCCCAAAUCUGCAUGUUCCCAUACAAAGUGAUACCUGAUAUUUCAGCCUAUACAGUUCUUUAUUUCUUUCCUUUCUUGACUGCAGUCUUCUUUCCUCCUUUUUUAGCAUUACUCCCAUAUUUUGCUUCCAGUUGGGCCAAAAAGUCAUCCGUUUCCUUUUUUCGAUCUUUAUUUCUGCUCUGGGGGAGGAAAAAAAAAAACAAAACAAAAAACAAAAACAAACCCAAAAACAACCCAAAACCAAACCCCAAAACUUUUAUAUUUCUCAACACAGAUAUUCUAUUGCAGUUAGAUAGCUACAUAAAAUCUUGGAAUGUAUUAAACAGGGAAUACAAGCUACAGAAAGUAUAGUACUGUUAAGCAAAAGCCUACUUGUGUAUUCUAGGCUCUAUACCUAACUUCCUUAAGUAUCAAGACAGAGGUAGAGAGAGGCUAUAAGAAUUCAUGAUGUAAGGCUAGGAAAAUCAAAACAAUUUCUAGUUUAGACCCAAAACUCUAUUACAGUUUAAGGAAUGAUAAAGCAUGAACAUCCUAGGAAGCCCACUGGACAAUAAGAAAGAAGAAACAGAAAACACUCUGAAAAACAGAACGUAAACAGUAUGUUUCUUUCCUCGAUCCCAAAGAAACAAAAAGCAAAAUAGUAAGACCUAUCAAAUUCUACAUCCUCGUGGAAUCCCUCAGAAAGAAAAAAAUCAUUAACACUCCCUGUCUUACUGCCUAAAACAAGAAGUUAAAUAUUUUGUGUAUGCAAUAAGGAUAUUAGAAUAACUUUGUACAUUUUUAAAAGGACACAGGUAAUAAAAUCCAUACCAUACACUGACUAUUAAAGUACAUAGAUAGUUAACAUUAAGGUCAGGUUUUAACCUCAGGAAUCCAGAAGAGUUGCAAGGAUCCAAAACACAAAGAUGCUCAGGGACACCAAAAUUAUAAGCCAGUAACAUAAUCAUCUUUAACAGAUACAAAAAGCCUUACUUCAAUCAGUGCUUUCAAGUCAUCUUCUCCACCAAGGCCCAGUUCAUCUUUAGUCUUUUCUGCCUCUCUAGCUUCUUUUUCUGCCUAAAAUAGUAAACCACUUUUUUUUAAAAGAAGUAUUUUGCACAUAAUUUGACAAAGUCUUCUAGUAGUUACCACUUUUUUUUUUUUUUUAAUCUGUAUACAAACAGCUGCAAGGAAACACAAACAGUUUCCAAGUUUGCCACAAAUGAGGAAUCAGUCAAAGAAAGCCCAUUCUGGUUCCACAAUUUAGUAGAGCGGAACAGUUUUUUGCUUUUUGACAAUGCUGAAUGUGAUGCCUAUCGCCCAUCCCUGUUCCCCCCCCCCACGUUUUUUUUGUCUUAACAACUAUUACAUUUUCUUUAACUUAGAGAAAGGUUACUGUGAUGUGCAUGUAACAUAUUCUACAAAGCGUCCAAAAAAACCCAGGUUGGAGAAGUAGUCUAUUUAGUCCAGAAUCUUAUUUCACACUUGCCAAAAGGCAAGCAUAAUAUAUUUCUGCCAUGUACGCUUCUUAACUCCAGCAACUCAUAGCUUUGUAAAUAAAUGCAGGGACAUGGUUAACUGUAAUAAGCCACUGUGUAUAACAACGAUAUAAAAGAAAGUAGUACUAGGCAACAGCCUAUUACAACUCAAAAGCCUUUCACAACAAUUUCAGGAGGGGAGGAGUAGAGAUAGAGAACACAGGUGACCAAAUGUGAAAAUUAAAGAUACUGAGCAAGGUCUGUGACCCAGCAAUCCUGUGGCAAACAUUUGUCUCGGGAACAGUUUCAUUUCUUUCUACCAAGGGAGAUUAAAAACUUAUCAUAAAUAA